AGUGCGGUUGCCAUGGAGACGCUUUAGCAACCAAUCUUGCAGCCUCUCCCUCAGUGUUAUCCUGUAGCCCUACAAGAUUGCUUCUGCUUCUUCCUCUCUGGUUCCCUGUCCCUCGCUGUCUCUGCUGUGGUGGUGCCAGCGGCCGGCCCUGCUCCAUGCUGCAGCUCUGGUUCCCUUCUCACAGCAGCCUUUCAUCUGGUGGAUGGGGAAAGGGAGGGAAGCAGGCAAAGUUGGGUGAUUUCUUUGCCUUUAUCUUCAGUCAGUUCUUCUCCACGCCUCCCUGGCACCAGGACUCUGCUUACCAGCUGAUUUUCCCUCCCCAAAAUGUUCAACGGGGAGGCUAGUUCCUCAGCCAAGAAUGUGAUCCGCAGUUCCAGCAUUAGCGGAGAGAUGUACAACCUAGAGAAGGGUAGCUCAGGAACUCCGGAUGCAGCUGGUGUUACUACAACCAAGAAGAGGCGGUCCAGUCUAGGUGCCAAGAUGGUGGCUAUUGUGGGGCUGUCACAGUGGAGUAAGAGCACUCUACAAUUGAACCAACCUGAUGGUACUACAAAAAAACUACGCAGUAAUAUUCGACGCAGCACAGAGACAGGGAUUGCUGUGGAGAUGAGGAAUCGGGUGACAAGGCAAGGGAGCCGGGAAUCUACAGAUGGCAGCACAAAUAGCAACAGUUCUGAUGGCACAUUUAUAUUCCCCACAACCCGGUUAGGAGCAGAGAGUCAGUUUAGUAACUUUUUGGAUGGACUUGGCCCAGCGCAGAUUGUUGGGAGACAGACCCUUGCUACACCUCCUAUGGGGGAUGUGAAUAUUGGGAUGCUAGACCGGAAUGGUCAGCUUGAGGUUGAAAUAAUCCAGGCACGAGGUCUUACUCCAAAACCAGGGUCCAAAACAAUUCCAGCCCCAUACAUCAAAGUAUACCUGAUAGAGAACGGAGCCUGCCUAUCCAAGAAAAAGACUAGAACAUCUAAGAAAACCUGGGACCCAGUGUAUCAGCAAGUUCUCCUAUUUGAUGAAGGACCUCAGGGGAAGGUAUUGCAGGUGAUUGUAUGGGGAGACUAUGGCAGAAUGGACCACAAAUGUUUCAUGGGGAUGGCCCAGAUCCUACUUGAAGAGCUUGAUCUAAGUUCCUGUGUCACGGGGUGGUACAAACUCUUUCCAACUUCUUCACUGGCAGAUUCCAGCAUUGGUCCUCUCACCCGUCGACUAUCACAGUCCUCACUGGAAAGUUCCACCAGUCCAUCCUGCACUUAACAUGUGGAGGAAGAAAGUUAUGUUCCAAUGUUCCCUCCUUUUCCUGAAGCAAAAUCAAUCACGUUCCUUAUUAUAGCACCAAACAUACACUACAGGUUGGGUUGCAAAUGCAACGUGUCUGUUUAGGGCUCUGGAAAAGGAGGGAGAAUCAGUGAGGACCCCGAGCACAAUAAGUACAAUCCUUUCAAUUAAACACUAUUGUAAAAGGAAAAUAUAUAUAUUCAUCCCAUAGACUGUUAUAUUUAAUAGAAAAUAUACUACAGGUUAACCAAACAAAGACACUCCGAGCAGAAUAUACUCACCCCUUUGUUAUUAUUGUAACCUUGAAAGGGAUGUGAGGCUGGCAAAUGAGCUGCCUUGAUGACCUUUACCCUGCUGGAGUAAAUGUAUACCAACAUAUAUGUUAUGUAUGACAAAACUAAAAUGAAGCACACUGAAUAGCACAUCAAUGCCAAAUCGUAUUAAAUUCCCAGAGUUAUAGCACUCCCUUCCAUUGCGGGUAUCUGCUCCAUCAUGUUCUCCAAUGUAGUGCCCUACCCUUGCCAAGGGACCAUAUAACUUUUAAUUUCAUACCACAUAUGCUCCCGAGGCAGGCAGAGAACUGGUGAUAUCAUAUAUUUCAUACAAAACUAUAUAUACAACCAAGAAUGCAUUUACAUAUAUCUAUAUUGCAGAAUGAUAUUUUUUCAGGUAUGUUUUUUUUUACUUUUUUUGUUUAAAAUGGAAUGUAGCAUUUCAACGUGCAAUUUUAUUUCUGAGGUUGAACAAAAAGAAUAGCAGAAAGACAAAUAACUACAGCUCACCUAUGCAUUCUUUUUGAAGCACGGAUAAGCAUAUUUUUUAUAUAUACACCUAUAACCGCAUGUAGCUUUUUCUGUAAUAACACUGCAUCUAACUCAUACAUGUUUUUUAUUAUUUUUAUUUUAAGUGCAUUAAUGAUUUUUGCUGUGCUACACUUCUAAACACUUUAGUGGUAGGAAGAUCUGUGGACUUCUUUUGCACAAAGAUAUUGUUUGUCGCAAACAAUUGUGGACCAUCUAGGAAUUUAGAGUUUUAUGUGCCAAUAAGUCUGAUAGUGCAUUUGUAAGACUCGCAGUGCUAGUGGAAAGUGGAGACAGCAUUAUCUAUUUGUCUAUGAGCUAUCCGUUAACCUACAUAUGCAUAAUUGCAUAUAUAUAAUGAACAGUAAGCAAACUUGUAGCAACAGUCUUAUUUCUUAAACAGUGUCUACUGUAAUAACUCAGGGCUGCAAUCUCUAGUGGACAAGCAGAUGGAGAGAAGGUUACGCUUCUUCUGUAGCUUUGGGAUUAGAGUCAUUUAUUUCUGAAGUGGUCUACAUCCCUUCACUACAACCACACCACAAAGCCUGCUGGAUGUGGUUUUCAUGAAGAAGGAGGAAUGGAGCCCUACAUAUGCCUUCAAAGACCAAUACACGGACUGAUAGGGAAACUACAUAAGCGCUGCAAGUACUCAGCAAGGCUGUUUACACCAGCACGCAAGGCUAAAAGGUUUUCCAGAAGAGGUGCGAUAGCCACACCAGUACGCAGUAAGUAUCUUUACUGGCAGUUAUGUGCAACUGUAUUCCCGACAGUAACAAGAAGAAAUAUGUACUCUAGAACCAGUUUUUCUAUCUGACAACCAAAGCAAAAAACGCUAGUGUGUCAACAGAAUAUAGAAUAUUGGGUAUCUUACACCGUAGCUCAAGGACUCCAUAAAAAGUACCUUUGUUGUAACAACAUAUCAGUAGUAGGGAUUAUCUGAUGGGAAGAUUUCAGUCGUCAAAAUAAUCUUUAUAAUUAUAUAUAAAAAAUGUAAUUCUUAUAAUUAUUUUGCACUUUAGUUAUAUUUAAGGAUUUCUCAAAGCUUUAUAUGUACUGUGAAAUUAAUACAUGGACCCUGCAGGAGAAAUUCACAAUGGCAUAUGUGGAAAUAACAUUUUGUCACAUGAUGAUUUAUGUAUAGCAUGAUAGUAGCAGGUGUCCUACAUACCCAUCAUAGACAGAAAUAAAGAUUUCCGGAGUUUACAGAAAAGAUAAAGACUGGCUGCUCAACUGCCAAACUACAGAGCAGUCCUGUCCUUCCUCUACCCCAGAGACUCCAAUGCUGCAGCAUUAUCACUUGUAUGGAGACUGAGCUGAUGAGACAUUCUGUGCUUGUGCUGCUGUGGUUAUUGAUUGUCAGUGUCCAGAGUAUUGUGUCUGUGGGGACUAUUUACUAACAAAGUGCAAAUGAGCAGAAUCAUUCUCAAACAUCUGCUUUUAUUGUCUAAUGCAGUAAAUGAAUGCACUAGGUUAACACACCAGAGUUGCCAUGUGCACUUUUGUAGUUCAUUAACAACAACCCCCCUGUAUGUUAUAAAACUUGUUUCACUGUAGUUGGCACAAUGGUUAGUUACUGUAAUGUAUAGGGGGAAAGUAUAUUUUAAAACCAUAUUUACUGUCCUGCCAGCAUAACAUUAGUACUUCUCAGCUGGUACAGUAUGUGAAUACAGAUUUGCUGACUGCUAACACUGGUUCAGCUGUUAUUUGCACAUACAGUAAGGUGUAAAUAUGUACUCAGCAACUAGUUCUACCACUCUCUCAUUCCAAGUCCCAGUGUGUCAGAUGUUCACCUCAAAUGAGCAGAAUCUAUGUCAGGCACAUUCCAGAGUAUGGGUAGGAUCUGUAUUUCCUGUGGACACUGGAAUGUUGCAACCUACCAAAGGUGCUUUAUAAAAUACCACACCGCUAUAGCCAAUUUCUAGGUGGCCACUUCUCCUCCUGGAACGUAUGCCUCACCAGUUAACGGUCAUGCAGUAUUGGAAAGCUUAAAGUUGGCUUAUCAGCCCAGAUAAGAGAGCUACAGAAUAUUUAUAGAUCUUAUGUCCCUGAAUAAAACAAUAUUCUGAUAUCUGUGCAAUUGAUAACAUAAUUAAAAAGUUAUUGCUAAUUUAGUUAGCAGGGUCAUUGCUCCAUUGGAAUCUCUAGCUGGUACUCCACUCUAGGCCAAGGAAACACAAAAUCUUCACCAAUUAUAAUAGAUCUAUCAAGUGCUAACAUCUCCAGCAGGGCUCUUUAGGUUGAGCCUGAUGGGCUUGAUUCAGAUCCGGUCAGUAUUGAAUUUGGACACGGUGUACCAAUGUCGGGUGACUGACAGUCUGCAGGGGGUGUCUCCUCAGCGUGACUUUUCUGUUUUGUAAGAGUGGGGAGACCAGGUUCUCAGUCUUACGAUGGAGGUUUCUAGGCCUUAGCGACGGAGCUGCGGCAGCCAGUCUGUGUAACCACGUGGGUCACUCAGCCGGCUGAUGGUGUUGCAGAGUGAUCCGAUGCUGCAUCCUUGGACACAGCACUGAAUCACACAUGCAUUCAGGAGGCGUCUGUUUAUACCAGGCGCCUCCUGCUGCAUUAGCGUAUGUAAGCAUCGCUGCUGCUCCCAUGAAGCAGCAGAUAUGAAUUCUCCUAAUGAGAGCUUACAAGACAAUGUAGGACGGUACAAACAUGCAGAAAAAAUGCGUUUUCUGUGCAAAAUAUGUUCUGCUACUAUAUUUUCUAGGCAGUUCUAGAAGAAUAAUGUAAUUGUGAAAUGUUAAAGAAAAUGUAUUUUCUUUACAUGUUUGUGCACAGUAUUAAUAACAUAUGAAAGCUAAAUGCUAAAACAAUAAAUGAAUACUUGUCUACCUUAAGGGGUGUGCAAAUUAAUCUGGCCAUGCUAUUUUUUUGCUUAUUAAGGAAAUACACCAAAUUAGUUAAAUAUGAUUUAUAAUAUAAACCACCUGUAGCUGCAAUAACUAGUUUUAUUAAUUUUAGGGCUUUUUAUUAUUGUGGCUUUUUCCAGUUGUAGUGCACUUUUCGUUCAAUACACCACUAGCUGCUUAAUCUCUUUAUAAGUCCUUGCCUGGUUUAUCUAAACAAAGAACUAAUCAAUAGAUUGACAGUUUGGGGUGUUUUAUAUUUUUGCCCUCAUUUUAUAUUCCGUUUGGUAACAAAGAUUCUUUCACUGGGAGAAAAUUUGAAACACUAGAUUUACUGACUUCACCCAAGUCAUCAGUGUAACAAACAAUCAUUUAGAUGUGCUUUCUGUCUGGCUCGCACAUUUAAAAUGACAAAAUCUUACACCCUAAGUGAUAUAAUGUACGAUCCCGUGUAUCAGACUGACAUAUUAUGCACAUUGUGUAGUGUGUACCCACUAUCGCACUUUCCUGUCUGCCAACAUCGGAGUCAUCCCAUCUGCUGUACUGCAUGGCCGAUGCGAUGACCCAGUGCCCGACACCUUGCUGCUGAAUGCGGCUAAUAAACAAUACAUUACGUGAUCAUUCACGCUAUAUAGUUCAGUGUGUAUAGCCGACUGACACCUAAUCCCAUCGGGCGUGAUAUCGGCCAACAUACACAUAGUUCUAGUGUGUACCCAGCCUUUACACUGUCAAUUAAUUUGCACACACCUGUAAUACCAGUGUACACGUUAUUGUAGAAAUGUUGCUAUUAUUCUGCUAACAAAUGGUGCCCUCCUCAUCCCUUACACUGGUAAGAAAGAUUUGUAUUAGUAUGAGAGACACUAAAAUAAAAUAGAAAAAUUGCCUGUAUGUAAACAGCAAAAUUAGAUUGUUGCAGCAACAAAGUGACCAUAUUUCAAAUACCCUUUUACUGUACCUCACACCAAAUCUGCUGCCUCAGAUGGGCAUAGUCCUAAUAGUAUCGCAGUAUACGUACAGUAUGUACUAAACAAAGGAGAAUGCUCUGUAGGGCUUAACCUGACAAAGCAGAAACAAUAUGGCUUCAGUGCACAGUAGAUUAGGGGGCUGAUUUAUCAAACCUACUAAUGAGGACAAUUGCAGGUUUUCUACACAACAACCAGUCAGAUUAUGGGCCAAAUCCAGUUAGCCAUGUUAAUUGAAUGGGGGUGAAAAAGGGUGGUAGCAUGAGGCUAUUUAAUUCCAGUCCCUUUUAAGAUCCUUUAUAACGCCAAUUAAAUGAACGUGAUAACGGGCAGUAACAGAGAAUAAUUUCACGGCCCUAUGCACUAGCAGGGUUGCAGUACCCGUUAACACACUAAUUAUUGGGGAUUUCUUUUCAUGCUUGUUCAGGCUCAAAAGAAAAUCCCCCAUUACAUGCAGCCUGCGGCUGCCUUUGGGGCUAAUUGAAUAGCCCCGGGUGAUCAAUUAGCCCAUGGUAAAUUACCAAGGCUAACUGAAUUCUCCCCUAUAUCUAUCAUCUAGUACAUUCUAUUAAAUGAUAGCUAGGGUCUGAUUUGUUGCUAUGGUAAUUGUCUUUACUUGUCCUCAUUAGGUUUGAUAAAUCUCCCUGUAGGUCUUCCAUUUAUGUUACUGUACAAUGAUAGCUGAGCACCAUAAGAGAACCAUAGACAAAUCCAAGAAUCACAGGCAUAUUUUAUCGCUGCAUAUUGAAUAAUACGCACAUGCUAUAACAAGUUCUUUCUAUUGGCUGUAUUACAUUUCAUGCCUGGAUUUUUAAAAUGUCACAGCUAUCACUUACAAACAUACCAAAAAUCAGAUACUGUUAUCUUAUGAUGAAAGUAAUAACAAUGAACAGACUGUUCUAUUGUGGUUUUUUCCUUUUGUCCUUUGUCUGUUUUAAAUGCAGCUUUCUACAGUUUUUGUCUGUUUGUUUCAAGUAUUGAGUCUAUAGGAUGGGAUCUUAAAAUGCAUAAUAUGUUUACAACCCGAGACAGCAAAACAAGGGUAUAACAAAAGGAUUACAAAUAUAUUGUUUCCAAUUGUAAAGCGCAACGGAAUUUUCUGCGCUACAUAAGAAACUGUUAAUAAAUAAAUAGAUAAUAGAAUGCACUCUUUUAAUGGUAAAAAACAGAGGUGUACACAUACCCUUAAUAUAAAUUUUCACAUAUAGAAUUUGGCAGUUUUUUGUACAAUAUUUACCUAUUUCAUAAAUAUUGUGCCCACCUGUGAAAAGUAGUGCCAUGAACUGGAUUGUUACAAAAUGGAGUAAUUGUACAGAAUUCUUCACUAUAGAUCAUCAGUUACAGUAUAAUAUACAUUUUAAUACAAUUUUUUUUUUUUCAUGUACAGGCUUAUAUGAAUGUUUACUCUUAUUUACAUCAAAACAAAGAUCAAAAAGAUACUGGUAAGAAUUCGGACUUUUGCCAAGAGAAGAUAAAUACAACUAGUUUUAAUAAAGAGAAAAUCUAGAUUAAAAUGUAUAGCGUAACAGUUGUUUGAUACUUACACACUGCAGUCAGAAGACAAGUGCAGUUUGCGUUCCAUUAGUGUGUAUGGCAAUGGGGGUUAUUCAGAGUUGGUAGCAGUUUUUGCUAUCCUGGAUCCUCUCGGGAUGUGAUUGCAUAGUGACAGUCUGCGCGUGCUGUGAAAGGCUGUUUACGAUUUAAGCAAACUUGGGUCCAACUCUGAAUACCCCUCUUUAUCCUUUUCCACUAUAGAACAAGUAAGGCUUCAUUUUGUAUUUUCAUAGUUUUUCUUUUUUUACCCAUUGACAUUGUAAAUCUAAGCCUUUCCUUACCUAUUACCCUAAUUUUUCAGAUGAGACUCAUACGACUUUCAGAAGUUACUGAGUAAAGUGUACCCAUCACUUGGAGGUAGAAAGCUGCCUAUUAAUUCACUAGGAACUAGUGACAUCACUGUGGCUUUUGUGACUUAAUUCUGUAAAUUUGCCAACAUUUGUUUUUUCAAUUCACACUGCUGCCCCACCUUGAAGCACUCUAAUGGCCUUAAUGUUUGUUUUUUUGCAAUGUUAAUUCCAAUUUUAAUUUGUGCUGAAGGUGUAUCGUGACUGGAUUUCAUUUUGCAAUCACUGUGUCUGCCCCUGGAAAUUAGAGACCGUUGGCAUUUGUGGGCUGGAUGCAGUGGUGCAAGUAUAAUUUUUUUCUUAGUGGUACUGAUAGUUAAAAUGGGUGUGGUCAUGUGUCAUGAGGGGGCAUGGUCACACAAAACUAGGUGAGUUGAUACAUGACAAUAGGGGCAUGGCCACAUUAUGCCACACACCGUAAUGCCAAUUACACAUUAUGCCACACAAUGUAAUGCCUUACAUAUUAUACCACACCCCCCGUAAUGUCUAUUACAUAUAAUGCCACACACUGUUAUGCCACUGACACUAUUUUAUGUCCCACACACAAAAAUGCCCCUUAUAAAUGAUGCACCAGUGGAGGGCUGAUGGUACUGCGUACAACCACCAAAUUUCCUAAUGGUACUCCUUACCACCCCGUACCACCCUACUUUCAGCACUGGCUGGAUGUCAGUAAUCCUGGUGAAUGCAUAGGCUGAAAAUGAUUCCCAUCUAGUCCAAUUGAUUUGCCUAUUGCAACCACAUACUUCAAAGGAAAAUAAAAGUCAAUUGAAAACAAUGUAUUAGUUUUGUAAACACAUUCUACAACACAUUUUCCUCCACAACUCAGUAGCCUGUCCAUAUCUAAACAGCUUCAGAAUUGACUUGUCUUGAAAGUAGAAAAGGCUCAUCAUAUAUGACCUUGCUUCCACAGUACCUAACCCUGCUGAUCUUGGUGAUAUUUGCUGUCUGUUCUAACAAGACCACCUUAAAUUAUAAAGGCAUUACAGGUGCAUAUGCAAUGGUGCAUAACUCCCACAGCAGGAGGCCAACUGAUGGUAGAAGCACAUAUUGUUUUGGAUUCUCAUUAAAACCUCCAUAUAGACUUUAUAACUAAUGCCUUGCAAUUAAACUGAAUGCAGGGAAUAGAGAAGUAGCAACGUCUAUUGCUUUUCACAGGUGCCUCAUAAAAUAUCUGAUAUUCAGCAAAAAAAAUAAUAAUAGUAGUUAUGCAGUGUUUCUUUUUUACUGUGUCAGCAAAAAGAUAUGGAAAGGGAAGGAAAGGAGAAGGAGGGUGACCCAAACAGAGUAUUGCAAAGGUAGUUGGACAAUUACUGCUUACUCUUUUUUGAGAAUAGACAAUUUACUGUGACAAGUUGUGAGGCUGGACAAAAACUGUAGGAGUUGUAUGUAAUUGAUAAUGCUAGUUUGCCGCACUUGCUCAAAAUUAUUUCCUGAAGUAGAGUACAUGUAUUUUUUUUCUUGCUUUGGUUAAGAAAACAAGUAGAAUCAAUUGUCAGAACUGAAAGAUGGUAACAGAUUUUUGGAUUUAAAUAUAUAUAUAUACAUACCCUGCUGCCUUACGGAACCGACCGUGUAUAAAUCAGUUAAUAGCCAAAUAAAGCUUUAAAAUCUUCACUGCUGCCAGAAAUAUAGUGAUGUGAAUUUAUGGAUAUAAGAAAAGACUACAGUAUGGCAGUUUAUUUUCAUACAUUGCACCAGCAGUUUGCACAGCACAGUAUGUUCUAGGACAGAUUAACAAGGAAAACUAAAAACUUUAGUCCGCACAAGCAGUUCUAGCUGCCAUACAGGCUGAAAAGCAUCUCACCCAUGUCACAAACCAGCGCCUUAACAACAAGAAUAGAAAUGAAGUAGCAAGAAACUUGAAGGUAGAGUUGAUGCAGUCAAUAAGGAAACCAGAAAAAUGACAAUCCCUGAACACAGUAAAAGGUUAGAAAAUUAUUCAUAUAGCUCUGAGUGACAUGUACUGCCUCUUCUGCAUACAGAAGUGCCCUCCUUUCUGGCUCACUGUUGAAUGUCUGUAACGCUUUAAUGCUCUGAAUGUGGUGUCACAAAGUUUGAUACCCGCUUCUAUUUGUAACGCUUUAUGUAUGGCAAAAAAUAAAAUAAAAUACAUGUAUAUAUUUAAAAAAAAAAAAAAAAAGGAAAAAAGAUAAAAGACCAAGUAUGUGACGGAUAAUGUUUGUACUACAGCAAAUAAGAAAUCGAUUGUUUAUGAUAAAACGGGAAACCUGCAUUUUCUACUUGUGCCCUGUAAUGUUUUAUAGAUGUGGUCUUUCCUGUCAAAUCCUAGUAUUUUUGUGGUUUUCAAAGCAGCAGGACUGAUGACAAAAAAAAAAAAUGCACGAUUUUUUUUUUGUAAAAUAUUCUCUGCAAUUUUUGAAAGAGGAAUAAAAUGUGAGCACAUUUGGAUGGUCAGCUUGUAACGCAUGUAUUCUGGUACCCAGAGAUUAAUAAACCUAAUUAAAACAAA